AUGGCCCCAAAAAUUGCCAUUGUUUAUUACUCGAUGUACGGCCACAUUAGGCAGCUAGCCGCGGCCGAAAAAAAGGGUGUUGAAAAAGCUGGCGGUACUGUCGAUAUGUACCAGAUCCCCGAGACUCUCACAGAUGAAGUUCUGGCAAAGAUGCAUGCGGGCCCCAAGCCAUCUGAUGUCCCCGUGCUGGACAAUCCUGCUCUUCUUCAACAGUAUGAUGGCUUUCUUCUCGGCAUACCCACCCGAUACGGUAACUUCCCUGGCCAGUGGAAGGCUUUCUGGGACAAAACAGGUGGCAUCUGGGCAUCUGGUGGAUAUCAUGGCAAGUAUGCUGGCAUCUUUGUGUCUACUGGCAGCCCGGGCGGUGGCCAGGAGUCUACCGUUAUUGCAGCCAUGUCUACUUUGGCCCAUCACGGAAUCAUCUAUGUCCCUCUCGGUUACGCCAAGGCUUUCCCUCAGUUAACCGACAUGAGUGCGGUGCGUGGCGGUAGUCCUUGGGGCGCCGGCACCUUUGCCGGUGGUGACGGAUCACGCCAGCCAAGCGCCCUCGAGCUCGAAAUAGCGAGUAUUCAGGGCGAGAGUUUUUGCCAAACCCUGGCAAAAGCUACCGGCUGA